AUGGUUAUUAUUGUGAACUUGCACAAGGAAUUCCACAUGUACUGCAAAUUCUGCCCAGCUGAGCGACGGGAGGUGCUGCCCUUCCUGAACCAUUUGCACCAGGAGCACAUGGACGUGAUGAAGGUUUUUAACGAUCCUAUCCACGGACACAUUGAAGUCCAUCCCCUGCUCGUGCAGAUCAUCGACACUCCCCAGUUCCAGCGCCUCCGCUACAUCAAGCAGCUGGGGGGUACUUACUUUGUGUUCCCAGGAGCCUCUCACAACCGCUUUGAGCACUCCAUAGGGGUGGGCUAUCUAGCAGGAUGUCUGCUUCGUUCACUGAAGGAGAGACAACCAGAACUGGACAUAACCCAGCGAGACAUCCUCUGUGUGGAAAUUGCUGGGCUUUGCCACGAUUUGGGUCAUGGACCAUUUUCACACAUGUUUGAUGGAAGAUUUAUUCCACUCACUCGUCCAGACUUGAAGUGGAAGCAUGAAACAGCUUCUGUUAAAAUGUUUGAGCACCUGAUCACUUCCAAUGAACUGGAAAAAGUCAUGACGUUGUAUGGUCUUCUCCUGGAAGAAGAUAUGCUCUUCAUCAAGGAGCAGAUAGGAGGGCCCAUAGAUGAAACUGCCUGUGAGAAAUCGUGGCCCUACCGUGGUCGACCAAAGGAGAAAAGUUUCCUCUAUGAGAUAGUAGCUAACAAAAAAAACGGCAUUGACGUUGACAAAUGGGAUUACUUUGCAAGGGAUUGCCAUCACCUCGGAAUCCCGAAUAACUUUGACUACAAGCGGUUGCUUGUCUUCAGUCGGGUCUGUGAGGUACAAAACCAGAAGCACAUCUGUUCCCGUGACAAGGAGGUUGCAAAUCUGUAUGAGAUGUUCCACACCCGGAAUUGCCUGCACCGGAGAGCAUACCAGCACAAGACUGGCAACAUCAUUGAAAUAAUGAUUACAGAAGCCUUUCAAAAAGCAGACAAAUUUUUUGAAAUAAGAGGCUCUGGAGGAAAAGUAUAUCAGAUUUCUACAGCUAUUGAUGACAUGGAAGCCUACACUAAGCUCACUGACAAUGUCUUCCUGGAAAUCCUGCACUCGAGUCACCCAGGCCUGGAGGAGGCACGAGAAAUCCUGCGUAAAAUAGAGCGACGUGAACUGUACAAGUUUUUGGGAGAGACUCGACCUGAGACGAAGAAGGAAAUUGUAAAGAAUAGUAGCCUGGCAGAAAGCAUUGCUAACUCCAAGCCAGAGAAGGAUCCUCCAGAUGUGGAGCUAAAGGCUGAGAAUUUCAUAAUUGAUAUUAUCAACAUGGAUUAUGGAAUGAAGGAGCAGAAUCCGAUUGAUAAGGUUCACUUUUAUUGCAAGGCUGAUCCUUCCAAGGCAGUCAACAUCAGUAAAGAACAGGUUUCCAAGUUUUUGCCCAUAACAUUUGCAGAGCAGGUUAUCCGGGUUUACUACAAAAGUCAGGAUCCACGGAUUAUUUCAGCUGCAAAGCAGUACUUUAUCCAGUGGUGUAUGGAGAAUGAUUUCACCAAACCACAGGAUGGUGAUGUUGUGGCCCCUCAUCUAACUCCAAUGAAGAGAACCUGGAAUAGCAUGAGAGAUGGUGAGCACUGGAAAGCCUCAGAACCCAGCUGCAAGCAAAGGCUUCCCUUUGAUGAGUAA